CGCGCAUCCUCCGCCACGACUCCCCCCACCCAAGCCGAGCGACACCAAGCCAACCAUGGCCGCCGCCGCCGCCGCCGCCGCCGCCUGCUGCCCCGCGCCGCCGCGCAGCCUCUGUCGCGGCGUGGCGCUCGCGGCUCCCUCGGCCGCGCCACCCGGCCGCCGGAGGGUCGGGUACGGCGCCUCCGUUGCCUGCCGGUGGCCGUGCCGCCGCCGCUGGGCCCACCGGCCGGUCGUCCCCGCGUCCCUGAUCCGCCGGACGCCGUCUCGCCCCGCGGCGGCGGCGGUGAGCUGCGCGUACUCUCCCGGAGCUGAAACAAUUACUGCAUGUUCGUGGAAUGAAUAUGUGAUCUGCAGUGAUAUACCUGUGCUUAUUGAGUUUUGGGCCUCAUGGUGUGGACCUUGCAGAAUGGUCCACCGAAUUGUUGAUGAGAUUGCACAAGAAUAUGCUGGAACGAUAAAAUGUUAUAAGCUUGACACUGAUGAUUAUCCACAAAUCGCAACAUCUUACAGUAUCGAGAGGAUUCCUACUGUUUUACUCUUUAAGGAUGGAGAGAAAGUACAUAGCAUUACAGGGACUCUUCCGAAGGCAGUUUAUGUGAGAGCCAUUGAGAAAUCUAUCUCAGACUCAGAUCAAUGAUCAAUUCGGCUAGAUACUUCAUAGUGUGUUCUGGUUCAGAUUUAUAUUCUGCUAUCCAGUAUACUUGAGUCUUGAUUAAUCACUACUGGGUAGUGCAAACAGUACAGAAGGUAAAGUUGGAGUGCUGAGCAUUUAGAACAUGGGAUUCUUGCCUAGGAGCAUGGGCAAUCAUUUUCCUAGGUGAUUGCAGUGUAAACUGUAAAUAUUGAUGUACUUCUCAGAAAGCAGACUGCUGAGUUUUCUUUUUGCCAUUGAAAGGCUGUAAUGUAUGACUGUUAUCAUUGAUGUGUUACAGGGCAGCAUAUUUUAAGCCCUUAGAAGUAUCUUGUUGAAUGAAGGGAGACCAAGUUUUUCCUUAUUUUCCUUCUCUUCACUAUGCGAUGUUACUUUCUUGUGACCUUUAUCAAUUUAAUUUUAGUGCUAUUUAUUGAAACUUUACAAAUCUGGUAUUAUCUUGGUUUAACAACUCUUACAGUCAUAUUUAUGCUUGCAGAUGCAGCUAAUGAAAAAUGCUGGGAUGUCUAGAAGGAGCUAGCCAUCCAAUGGAAUUAAGAAAGGAGAUCCAAUGGAAUUAAGAAAGGAGGAGCCACAUAUUUCCAACCCUCCAUUUAAUCCAGGCGGAAGGUGAGGGGUUCAGGAUUUGAACCCUGGCUGCAGGGUUCACCAACGAACACCUUUGCUAACUACGCUAGAAGCGCAUCUCCAGAUGCAGCUAAUCAGCUGAAGUUUUUCUUCUCAUUUGGUCAGCUCUGGAACCCAUGAGAUCUGUUCAAUGCAUCUGCAUCUGGCUUGCUUUUGUUCUUUGACAUGGAUCUGCACUAAUCUGCUCCACCCCAGUAUUCAUGCAGGGGUAAUCUGGUUAUUGCAUAUGAAUAUAUGACGAUGGUAUUGACAAGCUUAUACUAGAACUCAGGCAGCAUUGGCUUAGAUAAAGCAUGGAACCCAUUCCGCUUGCAAAUUUUAUGUCAGGCAACUCUUGGAAGCUGGAACCCAUGCGCUUGUUUUCAGGCCCAAGUCAGCAUGGUGAAUUGCAGGUUUGUCUACGGUUUGUUGCAGUUGUUUGAUUCUUAAUGUCUUCAUCAACUGAUUUGCCGACUAACACCAAACCACCAAUGCCAUGUGGAAAUCAUUUGGUUCAUGGAGCACUCGUCUGCCACCUAUGCCUGGCAUAAUGAUUUGCUUCAUGGCUGGAAUAGUUAAAUGCUUCAGUAAUUCAGUUAUUUUUUGCUCUUGCUGCAUCAAAAGAAUUUUGGCAACCUCUAUGCUGUUGGCAUUGGAAUUAGCAUUGGUGAUUUUUAUGAUCCAUUGGUACACCGAUUGGUCUGCACCAUUUGUAAUUAUGCCCUUUGGAGUCAGACAGCUGAACAUGCCACUUAGGUCCUCUUCUUCAAGACAAUGAGAGAUCCACUGGUAAGCUGAGAGAUCUGAAAGGUGAGCUGCACUCCUCUCAAGGGAUUAUAUCAGCAGAAGUCUGAUCCAUGUCAGCAGUUCAUCAAGUACAUUGGUGGUUGCUGGCCAUAAGUGACUGCUCAGAGUAUAUCUUAGUGAAGUACUGUACUUGUUGGAGGUAAUACUGGUUGUAGAACCCUUUGAUAGCAGGAAGAACCAAUUAUCACUAUGAGCUAUAUAUAUAGCUGGCAUGUGAUUGAUAGGGCUGUUCUAGUCCCUGUGUGAAUUGUCAUUGUCAUCACUAGAUAUAAUGAGAUGCUGAUGACUUGGUGUAAGCCUUUUCAGGUGGAAUGCCUUGAUGAAUUUUUAGCUGCAGAAUGAUACCCCCUGCCUCACAAGUACAAGAGAUUUACUUUAUUACUGAAGCUCGCGUUCGGUCACAACCAGACAACCAGUAUUUGGGAUCUGCUGAUCAAUGCCACUGUGUUGCUAGUGAGCCUGGAGAAUUCUUGGUCAUGCCAUGACUGAAUACAAAGUGGGACCCUGGAUAGAAGUGUAGGACUCCAGAACCAACAGGGCUGCCAAGUUAAGCAACUCAUCUAUGCAUGAUGAGCUCUAGAGUCCAUAUGUUUUGCAACGGACAAGUACAGUUGAUGGCAGAUGGCUUUGAUGUAUGGAUGAUCACCUGCGGGUAUUUUUCAAUUUUCAGCUCAGAAAGAUCGUAUACCUAACAUAGCAGUACAAAAUGAAUAGGAUUUUAGGCUAUAUAUAGGGAUUGGUGAUCAGUACUGCAGACUUGCAAUGAUUUGGGUAGCACAAUAGCAACAAGAUGGCCAUGAAUUUCAAGGUUUCCAUGCUGAGCAGUGAGCACUAUUGCAUAGCAAGUGUCCAAGUGGAGUCAUUGAUACAAUAGAUUUGGAUUCCUUCAAGAUUGAAUGGAUUAAACUUAAUGACAUCCUAUUGAAUCGCUUUUCAUAUCGCCUCAUUUUCCAUGGAUUACAGUAAUGCAGUUAUCAUCUCCUUAUUGGCUAGUGACUGCAGUUAUUUGACCUUUCAUUUUAGGUUCUGAAGCAUGCAUAGCAGCUGAUUAAGGAAAUAGCCCAGGAAUCUGCUUCAACUCUGAAAGAAUUGCUUGAAUAUCCUUAAUUAUCACCUGUUGAUUAUCCCAACUUACAGAAUUUGUAGACGCCAAUGGUGAUAGCCUGAUAGGAGAUAUACCAGAUGUAACUUCAUGCUGAAACAUGCAGACUUGUAAUAAUGUUCAUUCUGACUUAAAAAAGUUAGCAUUUUCUUCCUCUUAUUUGAUCUUUUGUCUGCUUAAAUAUUAGGACUACAUGAAAUGCAGAACAUCAGAUGUAAUUCCCUUUUUAAGGUUGUAAAAACCAAUCACUGAAUGCAACUCCGUUCUUGAAGGAAAAGGUUCUUGAUUACUGUAUAUAAAUCUUAUAGGCAUGCUCGUUUUAAAUCUCUAUUUGUAAACCCUUAUGUAAAUAAUUUGCUACCUUGAGAAGAACAGGAAAUCUAGAAUU